AUGGGCCUGCCCUGGCCCUUUGCGCGGCGAGGGACCUCGGCCGCUGCAGAGGUGCCCGGGCCGUCGGCCUCUGGAGGCGGGGGGGCUCUCUUUGGCCGGCCCCUGGCAGCUCUCUGCAGCCAGGACGGCACGCUGCCCCAGCCCAUCCAGGACCUGCUGGCUCUGCUGCACGAGCACGGGCCAUCCACGGAGGGGAUCUUCCGGCUGGCGGCCAGCGAGCGGGCCUCCCGGGAGCUCAGGGAGGCCCUCGACAGCGGAGCGGAGGUCCGCCUCGAAAGCCAGCCUGCGCACCUGCUGGCCGUCGUCCUGAAGGACUUCCUCCGCAAGAUCCCCUCCAAGCUCCUCGAGGCAGAGCUCUACGAGGAGUGGAUGAGCGCCCUGCAGAAGUCCAGCAGGCAGGAGAAGCUGGCAGGACUGAAGGAGGUGGCCGGCAAGUUGCCCGAGGCCAACCUCCUCCUGCUCAAGCAGUUGCUGGCCCUGCUGCAAAACAUCAGCAGGAACGUGGCCACCAGCAGGAUGACUGCGGGCAACCUGGCCAUCUGCGUGGGGCCAAACCUCCUCAGCCCACCCGAGGAGCACACGCUCCCCCUGGAUGCCCUGGUGCAGGUGACGGGCAAGGUGACGCGGCUGGUGGAGUUCCUCAUUGAGCACCACGGGGAACUCUUUGAGGAGGAGGAGGAGGAGGCGUCUGGGCUUGCUGGUGCUUCGGCUGAGGAGUCGCCAGCACCAGGGGCAGAAGCAGGAACAGCAGAGGUGCCUCCAGUCGCUCCAGAAAGCGAACCCCCGAAGAGCUCGUCUGGGGAGAGAAG